AUGCCACAAUCUCAAGUCCAACCAACAGUGUCACAACAAUAUAAAUUAUCCCUAGUUUCUGGUGGGACUCCAAGCCUACCAAGAGCAUCAUAUUCUUCCAGUUGUAAUAAGAAUAUAUCUUGUUUGACUGCAGAUCAGUUGAAUUAUAUCGUCCCAUUCAAUAACCAAAUUAAACUGUUUUCAAUAGAGACACGACAAUGUGUAAAGACAUUGAAGUUCAAUAACAAUGAAAUAUUAUCGAAAAUUUUCGAUUCUACAUCUGUAGCUCAUAUUGCAUUAGGUGAUUUACUUACAUUGUCAGCAGAUGAGGGGAAAAAUGAAGAAAAAUUUAUCACUAUUUUCACCAAAAAUGGUCAAAUUAUCGUUUUAAAUUACAAAGGAAAAUUAAUCGAAUCACCAAAAAUAGUCAAUUUAAACCUAUCUCCUGAACAAUCCAUCUUUAAAGUAUUCCAAUCCACGGAUGGUAAAGGUAAAGCAAUUUUGAAAAUUCUAACAAUCGUAGAUAAACCUUCAUCCUCUUUGGCAACUUAUCAUCUAUAUGAUUCAUCAGAUGAUAAACCAACUUUAGCAUUGAUUAAAUCAUUCGAAAAUGUCAUUUCAUUAACAUGGUCUUCCAAUGAUCAUUAUAUAGCUAUUUUAUCACAAAAUAAAGAAUCAACAAGUGACAAAAAAAUGAUACAUAUUCAAUCAAUAUUUGAUGAUUCAUACCAAAGAGAGUUCCCACUUGCAUCAGUUCUUUCCAAGACAACAACUCAACAUCAACCUGCUACUACGUCCAACAAUUCAAGAUACGUUUCAUCAAUGGCAAUCGAUAAUAAUGCCUCUCAAUUGGCAUUGGGGUUUGUUUCAGGUGUAAUAUCUAUCGUCAAUUUAGGUGAAAAUGCUAAUUUACAAACAAGAUUAUUAAAAUGGCACAUAGAUUCAGUAUUAUCGCUAGCGUUUAACGAAGAUGGAACUUAUCUUUUAUCUGGUGGUUGGGAAAAAGUAUUAAUCUUCUGGCAAUUAUCAACUAACUUACAACAAUUUUUACCCCGUUUAAAUGGUAUCAUUGUAGAUUGUCAAAUUAUUGGAUCCAAAUAUUACUCCAUUUCAUUACAAAUGAUUGAAAAUCCUACAAUGUCUCAAUAUCAAAUAUUAUUAUUAAACUCUUCAGAUUUAAUAUCAAAAUUAUCAAUAAAUGGUCCCUUACCAAUUUUCGCUAACCCAAUAAAAUCAACAAUCCAACCAAUUUCCUCAAUAAACACAAAGAUGUCCAAUUCCAUAUCUAAACUUAUCUCAUUCCAAGAAAAACAACAAAGAAAAUUACAUAACUUGAAAAGACAAGAUUUCACAACAUGUAUAAAGAUAAAUCCUAUCACUAAGAAUUUAUAUUUCCCUCACGUCUCCUCUUUACAAAUCUUUAAUUUUUACAAAAAUGAUCAAAUCUCAUAUCAAAAUAUGACAUCUACAUUAUCAAACUCAAUGGGUAAAGUGAAAACAGAAUUAAACAUUAAAGAACCAACCAUUGCCAAUUUAACAUUCACUCAUAACGGUGAUUGGUUAAUCACAUACGAGAUUGAAUAUCAACCUUCUGAUUUACUUUCAUCAAAUGAUCAAACUCAUAUUUUGAAAUUUUGGUCAUUAAUCCCAGAAAGUAAUCAAUGGGAAUUAAAAACCAAAAUUAUAAAUCCUCAUGGUAUCAAUGUUCCUAUUAUUAAAUUGAUUCCUUCUCCAAUUGCAUUUCCUGGGAAGGAAAUUGGUAUCUUGACAGCUGAUAAUAAUGGUGGUCUGAAAUACUGGAGUAUUGUUGAAGAGGAAAAUAAUGAAGAUGCGCGUGUUGCUAAUUGGUCUUUGACUAAGAUGUUACCUCCUAAUUUCAACCAUUUUAGUAAUUGUGUCUCAGUGGCAUGGUCUCAUGAUGGUAGUUUGAUAUUCCAUGGGUUUGAAUAUAAAUUACAAAUAUUGGAAUUUAAUCAUGAUAAAGAUGGAUCGGAAGGAUUUGUUAAAGUGGGUCAUGAGUUUAAUUUUGAUUCUGAAAUUCAAACCAUUACAUUGAGUAAUGAUUCUAAUUUAAUUGUGGUUACGAAGACUAAUUUAGUAGUUAUUAAUCUCUUAUUAGGUGCUGUGGUAACUACCCUCGAUAUAUAUCCAUUUGUUGAUGGUGCAUACAAGAAUGGUAAUUUGGAAAGAUUAAUUGCAUGCGAUCAAAAUUCUGGAAAUGUGGCUCUCGUAUUAAAUGGGAAAGCACAAGAUGAAAAGGAUGAAGUGAAAUAUAAUUCCAAGAUUAUUGUGUUUAACUCAGAUCUUUCUGUUAAGAUCGACAUUUUCAAUCAUGAUGAAUAUAUUUCAUGGAUUGGUUGGAAUUAUGAUAGUGAUUUCAUUUUCCUUGAUAUGUCUUUAAGACUUGGUGUUAUUGGUACUACAGUGAACAAUGAAAUGAUCGAUGAAGUCAAUAAAGAAGGUAUAUUUGAUGGAUUAAUGACUACUACAGGCAGCGAGGUGAUAACAAGUAAUGAAAAUAACCUGAAUACAGGUGAUAAAUUUGUAGAACAAUUACGAAAAUUAUCAAACAAGACUAACACGAACAUAGAUGCUGAGGCUGGAGACGAUAUGGUGACCGACUUGAUAAACGGUGAAAAGAAGGAGAAAUCAUUAAAUAUGAAGAGCUUUACAGGUAUGUUCGACAAUAUUCAAAACAUUCAAAUGGAUACAUUAUUCGAUAGUGUAAUGAAAGUUAUUAGCUGA